GUUUUUUCAAGCGUGGCUCCAGACGGGGCGCUACGAAGGGGCGCUGCCGUUUCGACCAGGCCAUGCCGUUUCUCUAGGGCGGCCGAGCGCGCAGCCAGCGCAGCGCGUGCGCCGGCCAUUCGCCCUCAGACGGUCAUCAGUUGGAAGACCGGUCUGACGGGAGCUGGGGAGUGAGGGACGACUGCCGAUGACGUUGCCAAUUCUGAGCUGUGGGCUGAAGGCAGGAGAUGCCUUCGGUCACUUCCAGGUGGAACGCCUUGUGGGGCGUGGUAGCUUCGGUUACGUCCUUGCGGCGCGUGACCUUCGUGACAGCUGUGAAGUAGCCAUGAAGGUAGUGCCAUGCGACCAGUUAGAUGUCGCUGCCGCACGCGCAGCCAAAGAGGUGGCCGUCGCCGAAGCCGCCCUGCUCCAACGCUUGCGGCAUCCGAGCAUCGUGACCUGCUAUGAAACCUCUUGGGAUGCUGGUCGUGCUGCUGUUUGGAUGGCCUUGGAGUACAUGGAAGGUGGCGAUAUCCAAUCAGUGCUGGCGCAACGCUUGAGCGCUCGCGCAGGGCCUUUGGGGGGCAACUUUGUGCGCCCGGUGUUGGCUGCCAUUGCCAGCGCCCUCCGGUUCAUUCAUCAAGAGGGCCUCUUACAUCGCGAUGUGAAGCCGGGCAAUCUCUUGCUGGCUCGGCGAGGUCUUCUGGAUCCAAGCCCGACGCAGAUCAAGCUUGCGGACUUCGGCGUGGCGAUCCCCCUGGAGGGUGCCCUCAACGCCAAGACGACGGGAACCCCACACUACAUGUCUCCUGAGAUGGUCUGUGGGCGCCUCUACGGCCCCGCGAGCGACGCCUGGGCAUUGGGGGUCUGUCUCUAUGAGAUGGCGUCCUUGCGGAGACCCUUUGAGGCCAACAAUCAGCUGGCACUCGCCAAGCAGAUCGUGGAGGAGGGGGAAGAACCCUUGCCGCAGGGCUGUCCAGAGGAUCUUCGUUCCGUGAUCUCUCAGCUCCUGAAGAAGGAUGUGGAAGAGCGGUUGGGCUUGGCAGAGGCUCUACGCUUCAGCCCAGAGAUCCGCCGUGCGGCGGCUGCUGUGAAGCCGGUGGAGGUCGAGGAGCUAGACAGUGCAAAGAACUCUCCUCGCAGUAUUGUCUCAAGUUUGCCGGACAUCCCCUCAUCAGUGCCCAACUUCCAUUUGGACAGCAAGUCGCCCAGCGGUGGAACUUCCUGGUGGAGAGGGCGAAAGCAAAGCAUGACGUCUCCGAAGAGCGGAGCUAGCGGAGCCUGGUGUUUGCCUGACAACCAUGCAACACCUCAGAAAGACAAAAGAGGAGGGGGCAUCCGCAGUUCAUGGUUCAGCCUUUUUCGCCGUGGGACCAAGAUCGCCGAGGAGCCCUCCAUUGACGGAGAUACGCUGGAGUCGACCACGGUGGUGUCCACCUUCAGCCACACUGAGGAGUCGUUCCACGAUGACAAGAGUGAGAUUACAAAGCGUCCUAGUCUCAAGACCUUGCGCGCGUGGAGCUGAAGGGCGAUCCAGGCGGAACACCUGGCGGCAGAUUUGCCCGAAGACGUGAAUUCGGCCCGGCCCCCACGAGUGGAAAUCGCGUCACAGGAGGGAUUAUAGUUGGUUUGUGUGUGUGUGUGU